GCCAGCCCUCACCGACCGCGGUACACGACGCUACAGCUCCAUACCCAAUAGACAUCAACAAUAUCCUUUCCACGGCACUUCUACCGCCCCCAUGGCGAGCAAACCCGGCAAGACAGCGCCCCGGCUGCUGCAAGAUCUGUCAACCUACGACCCGCGCUACGAAGAGCGAGCAGGCCGCAACCUCCUUACGUCAGCGCCGCCCGAGCACAACCCAGACUCAAAACCCGUCCCUGCCGUGCCAGCUAGGAACUGUCGGCACCGGUUUCUGAACAAGAGCGAGCAGUGCGUACUGCCCAGGGCAGGAGAGGAGCCCGAUCACACCACUGUCUACAAAAUUGCGUCGUUCUGUCAGUCGUGUCACUGGCACUUCGACUUGAUCGUCGACUUCCGCGAUGAUGGCUCCAAGAACGAUCCCUGCCGCAAGUCACAUCCCAACUACCCCCUCCACCAUUUCCUGUUCCGGGACGAAGAAGAGCCGGAGGAGCAGAGUGUUGUCGGAAGCCAGGCCAAAUCUCGAACCUUCAUCUUCUCUUGUUCGGCCUCCAAAUGCCCGGUCGCGCUGCGAAUACGUCUAACCCCGCCCCGCUUCAGUGACGCCGAUGUCAACACUCUGACGAAUCGUUCCCUUCUAAGGCGGCGAUGGGAGGCUGCGAAACAAAUAGCCGGAGACCGUGCCGACACCAGCAUGGCGCGGCCCGUCGAUGCGCCCGAUUUCCUGAACACCUACCUGCAGGACAGCUUGAACCCACAGAAAGGAAAGUCGCGGAUACCCCUGAUGAAUCGGAAGUUCCUCAAGACGUUCGGCAAAGACUGCGAUAGUAUCCUCAAGCGCCUCGGCUUUACAAGCUCCGUGGAGACAGAAGACGAUGGAUCCGCUGUCGAUGUCUGGUAUCUUCCAAAGCCGCCACCAGCCGGCCAUCCCCUGGAGAAAAUAGAGCCGACGGAAAGGAACGUAAUAGAGGACGCGCGGUACGAGCUCAACGCCAUCAUCCUCAACUUUUCUGAGCCUGAGCGGUCCGGUGCUCGCCACAUCCCCAUGUACCCGCCGCCUUCCCGAAACGAUAUGGAGAGGGCAUUAGGGUGCCACGACUACGAAAAGGCCAAGGGGCGGAUGGAGACCCGAAGUACCAAUCACGAGGAGGAUCAUCCCUAUUAUGCAGGCCUAGGCGCAGUCGGAGACUUUGACGACCGCCUGCUAUUGUUCGCAUAUCAGCGCCAGACCGCCGUCGACGGCGAGAGGGCGCCUUACUAUUUCGAGUGUCUACAAGACCUUUCCGUUGGCAGGAAAAGCGAAUAUCUCCAGCAGGAGGUCGCCAUGCUGGCGUCUCAGGGCUCCUAUAACCGACGCGAAGUCACAGCUGCAUACCGAUAUUUCGGCAUACAAAUAGAGCACGUUGCUUUCAUCGCCGACGACCACAUCAUAGGCGUAUUCAGGUCCCGUCUGUCGGAUAUCAGCCCCAGCAUGAUCGAGGAAACUCGUAGACAACUCCGAAUCAUCGGCAAUGCGCGCAACAGCGAUAGAAUUAGGCAAGAAGCCUCUGAUGCAAUCGAGACUUACGAGCAAGCCCUCUCCUGGCUCGACCUGGACAAGGAUCAACCGGACGACUUUGUACCGACCAUGUUCGGCAUCAAGACGAGCGACAACCCUUCCAGCUUAGAGACUGCAAGGAAGGCGGUCCAAAUUAUUGCAGAACAUCGCAAUAGCCGGCGAUUGAUAGACUUCUUGGAAAAGGGCAGCAUGGCAGCUGCGGACAUGGAUGUGGCCGAAGCAUACGCUCUCCUCGCCGUAGAACAUAGAUCCGCGAAGCUCGAUCUGAACGUGCUGGAGGCACAGCUCAGGGUUAUGGCUGAGAGCAACCCCGAGAGUGCGGCGAAGUACCAAGAAGCGUUUGAAAAGGUCCGGCGAGACCAGGAAGACACCCACGGCAAAUCAAAUGACUACUAUGGUGCACCAAGGAAGACAUACCCCUUGGAGAGUUGGCCUGUUGGCCUUGACAAUAUCGGCAACACCUGCUAUCUGAACAGUGUCCUGCAGUUCCUGUUCACGGUCAAGCCGUUGCGAGAGAUGGUCCUAAAUUGCGAAGACCAUCUGGAGGAGCUGACGCCGGAGGCUCUGGGAUCAAAGCGAGUAGGGCGUACGGCUAUCUCCUCCGAGAAGGUCGCGACAGCUCAGAGAUUUGUACGCGAGCUGCGGAAGCUUUUCGAAAGCAUGAUCACCGCCUCCACCACCAAUAUUCGGCCGGAGAGAGAGCUCGCUAUACUGGCCCUUACUAGGUCCGGUACCGACAACAGCACCCCAGUUGAGAACAACACGCCACAUUCAGGCCUUGGUAAUAUCGGUGGUCUCCCCAUAAGUGGCCCAAUACUUCCACCAAAUGACGAGCCCAACGGUGCCACUGCCACCCAGCCCGAACCUCCAUCACGUCCCCCUCCGGUGCCUCCGCGGCCGCAAGCUUCCGCCGACACCACUUUCAAAAGGGUGGAGAGCAUCGCCCAACAACAGGACGCAGCAGAAAUACUCAAUAACGCGUUCGACUUGAUAUCCUGCGCGAUCAAAGGAGAGUCCACAUUGCGCGACGGUGAACAGCUCGAUCUGAUAAAGCGGCUUUUCUUCUCUGAUGUGACAAACGUUCGUAAUACGCAGGGCAAGUUCACACCCAAGAGCGACCUCCAGGACAAUAUCCUCGUCUCUACCAAGAACCGCGACCGCUCGCUCUGUGCUGCGUUGGAUGACGAGUUCGGCCAGACGGAGCUGGAAGACGGUACCCAAAAGUUUGAGUACAUCGGGAAAGCCUCUCCCUUCCAGAUUAUCAACGUUCGCCGGCUGCAGUUCGAAGGUGGCAACGUCAGGAAGGAUGAAUCCCACCUGGUUCUGGACAAGGUCCUAUACCUGGAUCGGUAUCUCCAAGAGACGAAAUCUCUUUCCGAGAAUGAGCUCCUGCAGCUGCGCGAGACGCAGUGGGCGAAACAAAAGGAACUACGAUUAUUGGACGCCAGCCGAGAGAAUCUCAAAAAGACCGAGUUUGAAAAGGUAGAAAUGCCUGAUGUACUCGAGGAGACUGCUUGCUUCAUUGACGAUCUCAAGAAGGCGCAGGAUGAACAGCUUAUCGAUGUAGCUGAAGACUCGGUGGCUAUCGAUGAUGAGCUUGCUGGUAAAGUGAAAGCUCGUGCUGAUCAGCUGGUUAAGGAAAUCGCCGAAAUGGACGCCGAAAUGGCAAAGCUGGAGCAAGAGAUAGACUCAGUCUUCGAAGGCUGCAUGGAUCACCCUUACCGACUCCACGCUAUCUUCAUGCAUCGCGGCAGCGCUGCCGGCGGUCACUACUGGAUCUACAUUUACGACUUCCAGAACGAUCUCUGGCGCAAGUACAACGACGAUUAUGUGGACCUUAUGUCGGAAGAGGAGGUGUUCAAGCGAGAGGAGAAGAACCCAGCUACAAGCACGGGUAUCAUCUACGUCCGCGAGGAUGUCGUGCACGAGUACACCGAAGCCGUGCACCGCAAUCCACAGGAAACCUCCCCACCGCACACCGAUGUCGAGAUGAAGGACGUGACUGCAGAGACCCAACCGGCGGUGGUCAAUAUGGAUGAUAUGUAUAAGAACCUGGAGGUCAUCAACGGGGUUGAGAAGGAGUAAGACACGCGCGCUGAAUCUUUGCAUGAUUGAUUUUCUCUCGUUUUGAGUCAGCAACCUAUGGAGGUUAUGCAGACUAGCGCUUGGCUUCGUUGCAGCACGCUUGAAGAGAGGAAAAGAGUGCUGA